UCAUUCGAUGUGUGUGCACACAAUGAUGAUGAGUGUUGAUUCAUGCAUUCGCUUGGUGCACAACGCGCGUCAUCGUUAUCAUCGAGGACUUGUCUCCCAUUCGUUGCGUGCAUAAACCGCAUAAGCAACGUUAAGCCCGUAGUGCAAUGAAUCAGCGAACGAUGUGAUAAGAGUGAUGGAUUUUGUGUGCACAAAUGCAAGAAGCGGAAGUAAAUGUAAAGGAAAAGUUGAGCAACCAUAAAAAGGGAUUAAAUACGACGAAACGCGGCUAACAAAACAGUGUGAGACGACAUCGAGUGAAACAGAGAGAUAGAUAAAACUCCGCCAGCCAGCGAAUAGAAAAACAAAAGAAAGCACACACAGAGCACAACACAAUAUACAAUCAAGUUCUCUGGAGAACUUGACCAUUCGAGAAAUGGCAAAAUUGAACAGCCAUGAACAACAGUUAUUGUCCACGGAAUACGGUUCGAAUGCGAUAAACACGAGCGCGGUGGGAAGUGCAAGCAGCAAUUCAAUGAGCACAACAUUUCCGUCGAAUCAUCAUUUGCUGGUGAGACAUGCUGCCAUUGAAAUCUCACCGUCGGCCAUAUCGCAUUCGCAACACCAGCUCAACAGCGGAAACAGCUUCGAAUUAAACGGUGUGACAACGUCAUCAUUGUCUGAAGACUCUGGUCUACCGCUCACCACAAAUAGUUCCAUUUCGAGCGGUGAUUCCACCCGAAUGGGCCUAUGCAAAUUUGAAUUUGAGUUGGCUGCCGAAAGUGAUGCGGAAGUGUCACAAUUCGAUUCAUUGGAAAAUUGUUCAGACGGUGGCAUGAGCGCGGAGAAUUUCAACACAUUGAAGAAAGUGCCAUUGGCACCGAUUGAUCCACCGCCGGAAUUUCAGGAUUCACCGCAGACAACGUUGCUGCGAUCGAAAGCAGUGCAGAGUUUUUCAACGAAAUUGGCCAAGAACAUUGUAUCGACAGCCAUCACCGGCAAUAAUCCAAAUUCCAUUUACGACGAGGUGCCAAUGAAUCCAUUGAAAACCAAAUCGCUCGAGAUUUUACCGACCGAAUCGGAACGCGAGCCAUACUCGUACGAACGAUUGCCGCGCAAGCGAAACGAUUACGAAGACGAAGAGUGUCAGGUGUAUCAAUGCGAAUACCAUUUGUAUCAUCGCACAACGGAUGACUUCUACCAUACUUAUGAUAUUUAUGCUAGUGAUUCUGUACUUAAUACGCAUAUCGACAAUAUUUAUGAUGUUCCAUGUGAUGAAUAUCCAGCGAAUGCAAGCUGUGACUCGAUUCUGGAGCGCAACGAUCAUUUCACAAUUUUUGACGAUAAUCUAACCAAAGCCGGAGUUUCGAUGAUUCUGAAACCACCGGACAAUUGCAAUCGAUUGCAAAUGGAACAGGCCAACGAAAUCCACGAUUACGAUUUGUAUUAUCAGCGUAAAACAAAAUGUGGCAAAAGCUACUGUACAAAUAAAACGAUCGAACCAUAUUCAUCUGGUACAUCAACAUUGGCAUCGACAAACAAUUCACUGCGGCCAUCCGAGUCAAGUGCAACGGCCAAUGACAACAUUCACUCGAAAUCGUCGACACUAUCGUCGGUGUCGAAGGCAAAGUCAUCGUCGUCAACAUCGACGUCGAUCACAACAUUUCAGCAUCGUAAAACACCAUCAAUUCUGUACAGUCCAUUACAUUAUCAUGCCAAUAGUAAUUUGUCGACGGGCAAUCGUCCAAAUUCACGCAAUUCACUGAACAGCCGACUGUCCAGUUCACAUAAUUCAUUAACAAUAUCAUCAUCAAACAAAGCCGACGAUUCAAUAUUCAUAACACAAGCCAUGUCGCAUGAUGCAUUAACCAGUCGUGAAAUAUCCGAUUUCUAUAAUGUUCCCAUUGAUUCAGACAUUUAUGCGUUGCCGAUUGAUGUGAUUCGGCCUAUUUUUAGCUUAAACACUAGUCGAACGUGCACCAGCCGCAACAGCAUCAAUGGUGGUUGCAACGGAGCAAAAAGCAUAUUGGGCGAUAAAUCCACACUUAAAUCGGUCGUUUCGAUGCAGAACACAAUCAGUGAUAUCCAGCAAUUGCCAGUGUCCACGCGCACCACUAUGCUACUCAAAAGUGGCACAAAACAUUUCCGUGGCCGUUUGAAGUAUGUGCGCAACAAUAAGCGACGAAAACGCCAGCAAAGUUUGGAUGGCUGCAACGGUGCCAGCAAUGUGAUCCCAUCGAAAUCGUGCCGAUCGAGCAGCAGUAACAGUGCGGCCGAUAAACGGCACAGUGUCCCGGAAAAUGUGAUUACCGAACCAAAACACAUAAUGCUGGAUGAGGUCAAACAGCAAAUGAUGUACACCAGUUUGUGUUCGAGCUCAAGCGAAUCAGCACUCGAACUGAAAGCAAUCACGAAAAAUAUGUCGAACAAAACAAAUUUCAAUGGCAACUGCAAUCACAGCAAUAGCAGUGGACGAAUCAACAAACUUGCAUUGUUCGGCACAUUUUCAUCCAACAAACAUUCAAACAAUAACAAUAAUAAUUCGACUAGUUUCAAUCACAACACAGCGAAUAAAUCAAUUGUGAUUUUAAAAAGUGAUCGAAAUUUCAAUUUGUCACACAUUAACAACAAUAAUUUGAACAAUAACACGAUCGGUGCAACCAGUUCCAUUGCAAAUAGUCAUACAAAAUCAUCAUCGGUAUCGGUCACAUCAAUUGUGAGCACACCAAAUCAUAAUGCGACCACAACCAAUUCAAAAUUGCCAAAUGUAUCAUCAAAAAUUGCCGCAAAAAAUGCGUGCAACAUUAAGAAAAUCUCGUCGUCGCCAAGUAUUGCCAAAGAAACUAACGAUGGUCUGACCACAAAUGCCACAAACAAUACACCACAACCAGCACAGUCAUCAGCGAAAAAAUCCCAAUUUUCCAUCAGUUUGAAUUUAAAGCAAAAAUUUUGCAGCAUUUUCCGCUUUCGAAAAUCCUAUUCAACCCAUCAUGCUUCGAAUACCGGAUCAAAUCAACGCGAUAUGACUGAUUACGAAGUAGCUGCCGGCGGCACUGAGAGAAAAGUCAAAUUUUCAACACGAGCUCUGCCACCAUUGCCACCAAAACUCAAAGGCACAGCUCGCAUCGAGUCACCCGGAACAAUUGAGUCCAACUCAGCUGCCGAAGAAAGCAACGAAGACCGCGAUGGAAAGAAGAAUGACGUUCAAACAACCAUGGACUUUGCGACCAACAUUGAAAAAGUCAAAGAGUAUGGCUGGUAUUGGGGACCGAUUUCAAGUGAAGCAGCUGAAAAAAUCCUGUCAAAUGAACCGGAUGGAAGUUUCAUUGUGCGCGAUAGCUCUGAUGAUCACUACAUUUUCUCGCUGACAUUCAAGCUCAACAAUUGCGUGCGUCAUGUACGAAUCGAACAGGAUCAAGGAACUUUUUCAUUUGGUUCAUGUGCGAAAUUCAAGUCAAGAACUAUCAUGGAGUUUAUUGAAAAUGCGGUGGAGAGUUCACGCAGUGGAAGGUAUCUGUUCUUCUUCCAUCGACGACCCGAACAUGGCCCAAUGAGAGUUCAGCUCACCAAUCCCGUAUCACGAUUCAAACACAUUCAAAGUCUACAACAUAUGUGUCGGUUCGUGAUUCGGCGUGCAGUCGUUCGAAAGGACUUGAUUCAGACGCUUCCUUUGCCACGACGACUUCAUGACUAUUUGAGCUACAAGAAUUGCUACUCCGAACAGGUCGAAAGUGAUAGCUCUCAAUCACCACCACCUGAGAUAAAUGAAGAAAACCACAGCGAUGAAGCUGAAGAGCAUGUGAUUCUGAGGUAAAAUGUUUGCGCAGCCAGUGUGCUAAUGGAUAUGAUGCGCCGAAUUUAUUCGAAGCAAAGCAGCCGCAACAAAAAAUUUACUCAAUUAGCCACAUUAGGUAUAACAAUAAAGUGAAACAAGAAUGUACAUUACAUAUAGAUUGAUCAUAGCCUAUCCAUGUUUAUGUUAUUGUUCAAUUUGCUUGAGUUGUUUGUUUCAAAUUCGUUUUCAUUUUAUGAUUGAGGAAAUCUAUUCGUAGAGAACAUCUUAGAUUAGUUGAAUUUUUUUUACAAACAAAACAAAAUUAUAUGGCAAUGGAACAUUGCUCAAGUAGAUGAUACUAGUCAUUUGAAUAGAUUUGGAUCUAAAUUAUUCGAUAUACAAUCUAUCUAAGGAAAUAAAAAGAAAACACAAGUAUUAAUUAUUGAUAAAAAAAGAAUGGGCAAUCAACGCCGACGCAAUACAAUGUUCCGAAGACUGUGGAGCAUCAUAUUUAGUGGUUGUUUUAUAAACGCAUAUAAAAUAUGCACUAACGAAUUCACAAUUUGGAGAACGGAGAAAUGAAAUUCGAACGGAAAAUUUAUAAUGGUGCGACAACAAUGCACAGUGCAAAUUAAAUCAAUUGAUGAGUGAAACCAAAAUUUCGAAAUUGUAAUUUUAAGCGACCGAAUUGGUACAAAAUGAAACAGAAAAGAAAACAACAAAUAUUUUUAGACAUUUUGAGAAUGAACUUUUUUCCAAACGAUAUUCAACACAUUGGCACAGUCAUUUUCAUUACAUUCAGGUGAUAAGAUUCAGAAGAGAAUAGAAUAAUGCAAUCGAAACACACAUACCAACACACACACUAAGAGUCUUCUUCCAUAAAAUAAUGUGUCCCACAGAAAUACAAUGCAAUAGCCCAGAGCAAUUAAAUAAAAACCAACAAAUGAAUAUUGUUUCAAUUUAGCAAAUAUGCAAACAAAACCAACAUCAACCCCAUAAUCUAUGAAAUCUCGUACGUGUCAAUAAACUAAAUAAAAACACUAAAGAAUAUCCAAAA